AUGAUAUACGAAAAGCAAACUGAUGCUACUAUUCCUCCGAAAUUGGGAAGUAAUGAGCAGACAACGAUUAAUCAAAGAAAUAAUUUAUUUUUAUGGUCAAAGGAACAACAAACAUCCUUGUAUGGUACAGGUGUUAAAUAUGUUGAAAACUUCAGAAAAACCAUUACCAGAAUAAUGCCUAAUAGCUUAUUAGGUCAGGAUUUUUAUUAUCGUUUAACAACUAGUUUAUUCUUAGGUCAAACUUCAUCACAAAUUCAAAGUUUACCGAAACGGUUAUUAACAAAAGAUGUUGUUCCAAAAGCAAUUCAUUCUCACAAUGACUAUUGGAGGGAACUCCCUCUAUUCGAUGCAUUGACACAUGGUGCUACAAGUGUUGAAGCUGACGUCUGGUAUGUGAAAAAUUCUUAUUCCAAAUAUGUGCUAGCAGUUGGGCAUAAUAAAGCUUAUCUUGAUACAGAAAAUACAACCCUUUACAACUUAUAUACAGGUCCAUUAUUAGCAUUAUUGAAACCUCCAUCAGCAUUAUUAAAAAAAAACCCAGAAUUGAAGGAAACUGGUGUUUUUUAUAAUGAACCUCAUAGAACGCUUUAUCUUUAUAUAGAUUUUAAAACAGAAGCGGACGUUGAAACGUAUGAGUUACUUUUGAAAUACCUUGCACCUUUGGUUGAUUGUAACCUCGUAUCAUAUUAUGAUUUAAUGAAAGAGGUAACUGUCUCUAGACCAAUUACUGUAAUUGCUACAGGCAAUUAUCCUGAAUAUCUGGCCACUGCUGGUGGUCAACUCAGCAACAAUUUACAAGGUUCAUUUAAACGCUAUGUUUUUAAAGAUUUAACAAUGUUACCAGUUAUAGAUAAUGAGACAGACCUUGACACCUUUGGGAAAGAACUCGAAAAAGUUGUAAAACGAUAUUCUGAAGACUUCAAUGCACUAACUGCAUCUAUAUCAUUUAAAAACUUUAUAAAAGAUUUCACAUCCUUUACAAAACAUGAUCCAAAUGAUUACUUAAGAAGGUAUAUUGAAAUAUGUCAUAAAUAUAAUUUAAAAGUAAGAAUAUGGGACACACCAGAAUGGCCAUUAGCAAAUGCAGUUUAUGUUUGGCAAAAAUUGAUAAAUUAUUACAAAGUUGAUCUACUGUGUGUCGAUAACCUUGAUUUAGCUUGCAGUCUACAAGAAUUGCAUACAUUUGAUGAACCAGACAUUGAAAAGAGUCAGCACAAAUUACCGUCUUAUGAAAUCGAUGACAAUGUAGUUAACAUUAUUUAG